UCGGUGUUGCGGUGUUGCAACGGACCACCACAUAAUACCGGUCCCUUCUUCAGAACGAACACUUUGCUCUUACCAUGCACACCACGCACAGCAGUGGGUGCAGGAGAGGAACACCGCGUUUCUCGCGGUUGAAGCCUGGAUGGAAAGCCGCGCAAACGCUGGCAGGCACCCACCCACGCGCACGGACUGCCUAUAGUCUCUCCUAUUGCCGUCGUUGUUGCACGAGCUCGUGCAUCCCUGCUCCAGUCCAGCAGCCAACAAGUUCUGGAUCUAGCGUCAGGAGUUCAUACCCCCCCCCCCGCCACUGUCAAGAUAGAGUCAGUUCGAAACCCCACGAAUGCAAGCGGCGCGUGUGGAAGUUCGCCGCUGCUGUCCAUGCAUACGACCACCUUCAAGAAUCACCUCUGUCCGGUACUAAAGGGGAGCGGGCAUAAGCUGCGUGAGGUUGUACAUAGGGGCCCCGGCUAGGGUUUGGUGUUUUUCUGUGGCCUUCCGCAACAUGGCCAUCAUAGGUCGGGCUCCGAUGCAGAUUUUUUUGCGCGGGCCACUUCGGGUGCUCUCAAGUCGGGGGGUGGCUGGCCGAGCGCCCCCGGAAGAACCUCCGUUCCCGUGGAGGUGCGACAUGCUAGCCGACAAGGCGGCUAUCGUGACAGGAGGUAGCGCGGGCAUUGGUGCGAGUAUCACCGAGGCACUGCUCCGAGCAGGUGCUUCCGUCGCUGUUCUCGCGAGGAGCCGGUCAAAGUUCGACGGCCUCCUUCCUGUUCUCGAGGAGAAGAAACUGCCGGUCGACAAGACCCACUUCAUUCCAAUCGAUCUGUCCAGCACGGACGACAUCAGGCGAGCAGCCGUCGAAGCAAAUGACUGGGCGGGCGGUUGCGCGGACAUCCUCGUCAACAACGCUGGCGUGGCCACUAUAGCCCCCAUUCUCGAGGCCACCAUCGAGGACUGGGACUGGACCAUGAACGUGAACGUUAGGGCGCCCUUCAUCAUGGCCCAGGAGUGCGCCAAGAGGAUGAUCGCGCGCGGCAAGGGAGGAAAGAUCGUCAACACCUCAAGUACAGCGUCUCGCUUCGCACUGCACGACCACGCUGCGUACUGCACCAGCAAGGCGGCCAUCAAUGGUCUCACAAAAGUGAUGAGCGCGGAGUGGUCCAAGCACGACAUCAACUGUAAUACCAUCGGCCCCACCAUCGUCUUGACUGACAUGUGCACCAAAGCGUGGGGCAAGCCGGAGAAGGGCGACCCCAUGGUGGACCGCACCCCUCUCGGCCGUUUUGCGGAGCCCUGGGAGAUGGCACACGGCGUGGUGUACCUUGUCAGCCCGUCCUCCAUCCAAAUGUGCGGGCAGAUGCUCCUCCUCGACGGUGGCAUCACCACCACCGGUACUCCCUGCGGGGUGUAA